AUGAAUAUGGAUUAUCUUCCGAAUAAAAAGCGAAUUCAUUCCAAUUCACCACUACUGCCGCCAUUCAUUCCUGACGAAAUCAUUGCUGAAAUUUUGUGUGUGCUUCCUGUGAAAACGAUCCUGCAACUCAAAUGUGUGAGCAAGACAUGGAAAACUCUCAUAACCGAUCCAGCCUUUGUCCAAAAACACUUCAACUAUUCAUCACUAAACCCAUACCUCCUUUUCACACCAAGGAAACUGAGAUACCCUACCAGUAUAGUCAAAUUCCUCCAUGUGCUUCGUUUUCUCGAGACAGAUUCGUCCAACAUUGUUUCUAACGACAGUUUCCGUGGUGGUAAGGACAAUUGUCAAGUAAUUGGUACUUGCAACGGAUUAAUCUGUUUGUUUUUCCAUUAUUGCUAUCGGAAGUACUGGUUUCGUUUAUGGAACCCUGCCACGAGGAUACUAUCCAAAAAACUAGGGAUUUUUGAAGACCAUCACACUAUAUAUGACUCUUGCAAAUUCACUUUGGGUAGUGAUAUAUCAACUGGUACUUACAAGGUCGUGGCCUUAAGUAAGGUUGCUGUUCGAGAAGAGAACGCAAUUUCAAUAAAAAAUCAGUUUGGAGUUUUGAGUUUGGGUGAUAAUUGUUGGAGAAAUUUUCAAUUUUGCUCUUCCAUACCUGUUUGCUUGAUAUAUGGCAACACCGAAAACAUUAAUAAUGGUCUCCAUUUGAAUGGUACUGUUAACUGGUUGGCUCUUCCCAAAUACAUCCAACCAUUUUAUCAAUAUGAUUGCAAGUCUAUUGCUAAUGCACAACAGUUUGUUAUUGUUUCGCUUGAUCUUUCAACCGAGACAUGCACACAGUUUUUGUUGCCUCCGGGUUUUGAUGAAGUGCCCCUCUUUCAGCCAACUCUUAAUAUUCUAAUGGGCUGCCUUUGUUUCUUGCAUGAUUUAAAGGGAUCUGAAUUUGUUAUAUGGCAUAUGAAGGAGUUUGGAGUUCAAAAGUCUUGGACUAUGUUAUUUAAAAUUACACACAAUGACAUUCAAAUGGACGACUAUCUAAGUCAAUUUAGUACUUAUUAUGUGCCGUUGUACCUUUCUAAGAAUGGAGAUACAUGUAUAUUGGCAAAUUAUGACGAUAAUCAUCUAUUUAUAUAUAAUCAGAGAGAAAAGAGAGUACGGAGAACUAGAAUUGCAAACAAAUUAGGUUGGUUUUCUCCCAUGGAAUACGUGGAAAGUUUAGUUUCAACUUGUUGAAAGUCUGUAACUCCAAAUCCAAGCACAUGACAUGUGCGUGUGGAAGUAUGGAAAGAACGUCUAUCUUAACAUUGGAUGAUAGUCAAAUUGGAGAACCAAUCGGAGAUAGGGAGUAAGAGGAAGAGCCUUUCUUAUCAGAGGAUGGGACGAUUUGUAAGAUUUAU